CUACAAGUGGAUCUGUUGCCGCGUGGCGUUUCCUGGCUCACCGCUGUUCGCUGGGCCGCGCCACGCAGCUUCGCCCGGGAAUAAGUCGGCCAGGAAGAACCCGCCGCAGCCAUGGCGUUUAAAGAUACGGGCAAAGCCCCUGUGGAGCAGGAGGUGGCGAUUCAUCGCAUUAGAAUCACCUUGACCAGCCGCAACGUCAAAUCUCUGGAGAAGGUGUGUGCUGACUUGAUCAGAGGUGCAAAGGAAAAGAAUCUUAAAGUGAAGGGACCUGUUCGCAUGCCUACCAAGACUCUGCGAAUCACUACUAGGAAAACACCUUGUGGUGAAGGUUCCAAGACCUGGGAUCGUUUCCAGAUGCGUAUCCACAAGCGUCUUAUUGACUUGCACAGCCCCUCUGAGAUUGUCAAGCAGAUCACUUCCAUCAGUAUUGAGCCCGGUGUAGAAGUUGAAGUUACAAUUGCAGAUGCCUAAAUGACACUCAUCGUCAAUAAAAGUUGAUUUCCUAAA